AUGAAUCGUGAAGUUAAGGUCGUAUUGUUAGGAGAUUCAGGAGUAGGCAAGAGUUCGAUUGUGCUUAGAUUCUGUUCAGAUAUAUUUAAAGUCACUCACGAAUCCACUUUGGGGGCAGCUUUCAUGGCUAGAACGAUAGAAGUCAAUGGAAUCAAUUUUAAAUUUCAGAUUUGGGACACUGCUGGAUAAGAAAAGUACAAGUCACUCACUCCUUUGUACUAUAGAGAGGCUCAAGUUGCAUUGAUAGUUUAUGAUAUUACACAUAAGGAUUCCUUUGAUGUGCUGAAAUCAUGGGUCAACGAAUUAAAAGCACAUGGCCCUAAAAAGAUAAUCCAAGUUCUAGUUGGAAAUAAAAAUGAUUUGAUUGAAGACGAGAAAGUGUCAUAUGAUGAAGCAAACAAUUAUGCCUAACAAAUUGGGGCUUCUCUCAAGCUCACCAGUUGCAAGGAGAACAAGGGAAUCUAAGAAUUGUUUGUCUCGAUUGCUGAGCAGAUCUUAUAUGAAGAACAAAACAAAUUAGUUGAAGGUAAGAAAACAGAAAAGCCAUAAAAUCCUAGUGUCAAAGUUACUGUAGAAGACUAAAAUAAAAAAAAGAAAAAAGAAGGAGGAUGCUGUUGA